GGUUAUAUAUCGAUGAAGCAGAAAGCCACCUCAUCUGUAAUUGCCAACAUUAUUUGUACUGUAUUUAAGACGAAAUGAUGAAGGCAAUACUCGCUACUCUUGCAAUUUUUGGCUGCAUUUGGCCGGGCCAGAGUGUCAUGUUCCAUUUGACGCCAAACACACAAAAGUGCCUCAAAGAAGACAUACAGGCUAAUCAAAUGGUUAUGGGUGAAUACGAGGUCUCCGAUGUGCCCGGCCAAGUCAUCGACUUUAUUGUUCGCGAUACUAAAGGACACAUUCUGUCCCAGAAGGAGCACAUAACUAAGGCAAAAUUCAGCUUUAUGUCUGAAGUAUAUGACUCGUAUGAAAUUUGCUUCAUUUCAAAAGUGCCUCCACAUCAACGAGGCAUCGCGCAACAAGUCGCUCUCACUACCAAAAAAGGAGUGGAAACUAAGAACUACGAAGGCAUUGGCGAAGCCUCCAAACUCAAACCACUCGAAGUUGAUCUCAAACGCUUGGAGGAUCUUUCAGACUCCAUUGUGAGAGAUUUUGUGAUGAUGCGCAAACGAGAAGAAGAGAUGCGGGAUACCAAUGAAAAAACGAACAGCCGUGUCCUGUUCUUCAGCAUUUUCAGUAUGUGCUGCUUACUUGGUUUGGCCACCUGGCAAGUCCUUUAUCUUCGUAGGUACUUUAAGGCCAAAAAACUCAUCGAAUAGUUUCAUAGGAAUGAUUUGUUAUGUGUGUGGAAAGCAAGUUCUAAAUUCCUGGCUUAUAAUUCGUCUUUUAGUGGAUGCUUUAACAAAUAAAUUCCAAUAUAUAAUUGUAUGUUCAUUUUACGUCGAGAUUUGAUCUGAACUGUUCAAAUACUUUCGAAUAUCGAUGUAAUUUGUUGCAAAAAUUCACAAUAAAGCGGGCGGUAAUUUCAUCUUUAA